AUGUCCAAUCCACAACAACACGAGCAAGAUCAUCUCCACGAAAAGGAUGAUGAAAGAGAAUACCAUAUUUCUUCGUCUCCACUCUUACCCAUUGACAAGGUCAAUGAAUGUAAACUUUAUUGGAGAAAUUUGAUGCAAUCCUCUUCAUCCAAUUCUCUCCUUCAGAACGCUUCCUAUUUCAGACAACAUCCAGAAUAUGCCAUUGGUGAUUAUUUGGGCUUUCCAUCUUAUUACCAUGCGGAAGCUUUUUACAACUAUUGUCCCGAUAAAUUGGAUACUCUCAAUGUUUGGUCCUUCCUUCAAAAAACCGAUCAAUUUACUUCUGAAAUCAAACAAUUUAAAGAAAAGAUCAUGAAGAUGAGUAUCUUGGAGUUGAUUGAUAUGGCUGAAAAGGAUAAUGCCAAAAAACUAGCCGAACUCACCUCUAAUGUCCAGGAGGUCUAUUACAAGUAUAUUCCAGCUAUUCUUAUUCACGGAAGAUACACUCCUCAAAAUGCUGCGUAUUUGUUGUACCAUUGGUUGAACUAUGUCGAUCAAAAGAUGCAAGAAUUGAAGAAUGAUGAAUAUGAAUCAUUGGUUUUUGCAAAGAGUAUGCUCAUUCAGAAAUUGAAGCGCGCACUUGUGUGGAGAACCUACUGCGAUGGAAAACUUGAAGACUUCUUGCAGAGUGAUGAACAAAAAGAUCCUCAACUUAUUGCUUCCUGGAUGAAGGAUUCAUUCAAACCAUUGAUUGGAUUCCCAAAGGUCAAGUUGGAAGUUGUGAAUAAGAUUUUGACAGAGGCUGAAGUUCCUGCAUUGGACGAAAAGGUCGAUCUCAAAUCGCUCUCUGACUACUAUGUGUUAUUGAACCGCUUGGAAUCAUUGUGUGGUGUCAAUGAACAUUCUGUAGUCUCCUACCGCGAACGCAAGAGAUCCUCCUCAAAGAAGGAUGAUAAUAAUUAUUAUUAUUAUGGACCAAAGAAACAUAAUACCCUCACAGCAGUCUAUAAGGGACUCAAUCACAAGGAAAGAAAAGAAAAACUUCACAAAUCCCUUCAUCACUUCAGAAAGUACAAUAGAGUCUUGUUGGUUGCUGGAAAGUUGAGAGGACGUCUCAGCAGAUUCUUUGAUGCCUAUGUCACUGGAUUGUGUGCCCGAAUUGACAAGAGUGGAAUGAUCACACAAACCUUCUCUCCAGAAUAUUAUCUCUUCGAGAAUGACAUUAAGACAUUGGUGUCCGAGGACUCUAAAUUCGACAUACUUACUGUCUUGUUUGGUUGCAUGGCUGUCAGUGAGUUUAGUGUGAGAAAGGCAUUUACCAUUGAAAGUCAAAUGCAAGGAGGUUUAGAUGAAUUGUUGUCCUACUUGUUGACACUCAUGCGUGGACGAGAGGAACAGACCAAGUGGGAAAUUGUUGGCUCUGUUUUUCCCGUCGAGGAUAUCAUGAAUCGUAUGAAUGAGGAGACCAAGUCGUGCCUCUUGGCUCAAUUCCUGUCCAUUCAAAUUCCUAUUGCUAAAUUCUUGGAAUCGCAAUGGUUGAAGGGAGUUGAUAAGUGUACUCAAAAAGAUAUGAUGGUUCCACGUAGAGGAACAACCGAGAUCAAUACUUCAGGAUGGAACGCAGCAAGUGGAGCAUGGAAUAAUGCCAUUCGAUUCAUUAGGGCCAUUUCCAAGUCCAUGGGUCAAGAAGCUCCUCUCAUCAUGAAAUGUAUGAAAUUGACAGCUGCCGAUCAAAUGCGAUGGGCACAAAUGGCUGGCAAAGAAGAACCCGACGACGUGCCAGUAUUUAAAAAGCUCACUUUGGAGAAGCACAUCACUCCGUGGGGAAUUGUUUUAGAGACUGUUAAGGCCACUAAGGAAGACAUUAUUUCGGCAUGUAAAGAGUGUAAUGUUGAUCCAAAGAAGUGGCUUGGUUAUGCACAAGAAAGAUCCACCGAAUCCAAAAUUCACCAGGACAUGAUUUGUGGUUGUGUGGUUCCUAAUGUUGCGAGUGUGCAAAUGUUGUUGAAAUCAUUAGGUGCAUUUGGUUACAAGCCACAACCUCACGAGCAGCAGCAACAAUAA